GUCCCUCUUCUGUUCUCCUCCUCUUCGCCGUUUCCAACUCAACAACUCUCUCUGUUUCAGCUUCUUCUUCUUCUUCUUUAACAACACCUCUUAAAUCACAGCCGUUGAUCAUAAUUACAGGUCUAGAUGUGUGUGUAUAUAUACACAAACACACACAUUUAAUCCUGUAUUACACUAAACCUCUUUGAAAAAGCCUUGCCUCUUUUCUCUUACCAAGAUUUAGCUUUUUCUCUGCCAAUCCCUUUUAUUGGUUAAGAUGGUUUUGAUGAUAUAUUGUAGUGAAGCUGCUUACUAGGCGCUUGUCUAGUCCGUGUGCUUCCUCUUCAGUCGACCAUUCUUCAGUAAAUGGGCUGCUUUCAUUCUAAGGUUAAAAAGAAGUUACGUGGACACGAAGAUCCUGUAGUCCUUGCGUCCCAAACAGCUUUUAGUGUUAGCGAAGUAGAAGCAUUGUUUGAGCUGUUCAAGAGUAUCAGUAGUUCGGUAAUUGACGAUGGGCUAAUAAGCAAGGAAGAAUUUCAGUUAGCUUUAUUCAAGAACAGAAAGAAAGAAAACCUUUUCGCAAAUCGGAUUUUUGAUCUCUUUGAUGUGAAGCAAAAAGGGCUCAUUGAUUUUGGUGAUUUUGUGAGGGGACUUCAUGUCUUCCACCCCAAUGCCCCACAAGAAGAGAAGAUGAAUUUUUCAUUUAAGCUUUAUGAUCUAGAUGGCACAGGGUUCAUUGAGAGGCAAGAGGUUAAACAAAUGUUGAUUGCACUUUUAUGUGAGUCUGAGAUGAAGUUGGCUGAUGAGACUAUAGAGAGUAUUCUCGAUAAGACUUUUGUUGAGGCAGACACAAAUCAGGACGGAAAGAUUGACAAAUCUGAAUGGCAGAUUUUCGUUGGCCGAAAUCCUUCAUUACUAAAGAUAAUGACACUUCCCUAUCUAAGGGAUAUUACAACUACUUUUCCUAGUUUUGUGUUCCAUUCUGAAGUUGAUGAAGUUGCUACAUAAUUAGGAAAUGUAGUUCAGAUUAUUCUUUUCUUUUCCCUUUUCUCUUAGUAUUAGAUGCACGAAAUGUUGUUCGAGUAUAGGAAAUUUGAAGCCGAUGAUAAUACUAAGAGUAUCACAUUGGGUGGGGAGGAUGCUAGCCUCCCUCCGCAAAGUGAUUUUAUCAUUGCCAAGUAUGCCAAUUGAUAGUGAAGUCGCCAUUCGGUCUAGUUAUCGUGCACUUUUUAUCAAUCCUCUUGCAAGAUGAUUGUAAUUCAUAUGUUUGAGGUUGUCUUUUUUUGGACACAUGAUAAAUUGGAACGAUACAGAGAAGAUUAUGGUUCUUGCGCAAGGAUGGCACAAACAGUCAAGAAAUGGUCAAUUUUUUGUUGCCA